AUGGCCGGACUCGCACCNCCUCGCCAAUUCGAGCGCGACUCGCUGGAGCUGGCUUCCCUCGCUUCUUCCGACCACAACUCGCGUGACAGCAUCGACUCUUCGGCUUCCGGUGUGCCUUCGUCGCGCAAGCUCUCCUUCGACGGUGAUCAUCUUGGAACCCCUGGUCCUAGCAGCAGAGGCAAUGGCGGGCGCAUGAACAGGUCCUACUCAGUCUCGUCGGCCUUCGACUUUGCUCCCGCACUCUUUCCCUUGUCGAACUCGGGAGCAGGAUAUACCGCUAUAGGCGCACCGAGUGGACAGCCUUUGGCAGCAGGAGGAGAAGGAAGCUUGGAAAGACACAAGACAUUGACGCUGUGGAAAGGCGGUCUGUCGCUGGUCGUGGGUCUCAUCAUCGGCUCGGGCAUCUUCUCGUCACCGGCUCAGGUCAACAUCAAUGCUGGCUCUCCCGUCGCAGCCUUGACUGUAUGGGUUAUCGCUGGCCUGCUUGCUUGGACUGGUGCUUCGAGCUAUGCCGAGCUGGGUAGUGCCAUGCCACUCAACGGUGGAGCGCAGAUCUACCUCAGCAAGAUCUAUGGUGAAUGGGCUGGCUUCCUUUUUACCUGGUGCGCCGUCGUGGUGCUGAAGCCUGGUUCUGCUGCUAUUGUCGCCAUCAUCUUUGGCGAAUAUACUGUGAGAGCAUUCAUCGGUGCCGACGCCAUGGAUGCAAGCAUUUGGAUCGACAAAGCUGUAGCUAUAGCUGGUGUCAUCCUGGUGACUGCCCUCAAUUGCGUCUCUACAAAAGUCGGCACGCGCAGCACCGACGCUUUCGUUCUUCUCAAAUUCUUCGCACUGGCUGGAGUUACUGUUGCAGGUAUCAUUGUUGCCAUCACUGGCUGGAGCUUUGAAGGAAAGGCUUCGAGAGAAUGGAAGCAGCCAUCUUUCUGGGUCGAUGGCACCAAGCAUAAUCCGAGCAAUUGGGCAGUUGCCAUCUAUGCCGGUCUCUGGGCAUAUGAUGGAUGGGACAAUGUCAACUACGUUGCUGGAGAGUUCAUCAAUCCUCAGAAAGAUCUGCCUCGGACCAUUCAUACUUCACUGUCCAUGGUGGUCUUGUCAUACUUGCUUGCCAAUGUUGCCUACUUUUUGGUCCUCCCUCUGGCCACCAUCAACUCGUCCAAUACGGUAGCAGUGGCAUUUGGUCGCUUUGUUCUUGGACCAGUGGGCUCGUUCGUUCUUGCACUGAUCGUAGCCGGGUCAUGCUUUGGUAGUCUGAACGCUACCACCUUUACCUCCGGACGUCUUGUCUACGCUGCUGGCAAAGAGGGCUACCUNCCCGCUUUCUUUGGACAGAUUGGGUUUUCCAAGGAUAGCGCUGUCCGCCUUCCGUAUCGUCCUUCACGAGCAUCUCGCCUGACUCGGUUUAUUGCUGACGAUGGAGUCGGCUUGUUCUACACACCAGCAUAUGCCAUGAUGCUUAACGCAGCUUUGACUAUGGUAUAUAUCGUGGUUGGCAGUUUUGGGACUCUUACAACAUUUUACGGAGUUGCUGGAUACACCUUCUACUUCUUCACAGUGCUCGGUCUGAUUGUUCUCCGCGUCAAAGAACCAGACCUUGAACGACCAUACAAAUGCUGGAUCACGACACCAAUCAUUUUCUGCUGCGUCAGUCUGUUCUUGCUCAGUAGAGCUGUGUUUGCACAACCACUGCAGACAUUGUUGGUGGUGGCUUUCAUCCUUGCCGGGUUCCCACUGUACUGGUGGAGGAUGAAGGGCAGGAAUGGCGGCCGGGGAAGACAGCAAGAACUGAACUGGAAGUUUUGGGAACGAUGGACACGACGAUGA